GAGUCUCUGCGGACUGUUUAACGUUGAACGGUACAUCUCUUGCUACAAAAUCCUUCAUCUCGAUACUUCGCCUAUGAAGUACUGAUUUUGUACUUCGUUCAAUCUGUUCUUCACCAGGAGACUGUGAAUUUACGACCAUGAUUUCCGAUGUCUCUAAGAUUACUGGUUCACUGACUAUGUAUGGACGCAAUUUUUUCUGUAUAAAUUCUAUAACGAGAUAUGCUUCAUCUCGUUCAUUUGAAGUACCAAGGACAAAUGUCAAACGUGAUAAUAUCCAAUCAAAACCUAUUGAAAAACCAGUUAUGACAUCGAGAAAACUUGAACCACCUGUGUAUUGUUCUGUUGCUCGUAGUCCUCGAUUAACUUGGUUGGAGACACUUAAGCCAUUCAGCCUCUCAGAGUCUUCACCUUCUGAGGGUCUUAUUGGUAUGAUCGAUUUACAUCCAGACAUUUUCGCUGUUUUCCCUCGUAUUCAUUUGAUACAUAAAAAUUUAUACUGGCAAGCUCAUUAUCGUUUAGUAGAUUGGCGUUGCAUAACUACUAGAGCAGAGUUAACUUACAGAAGCAGGAAAAAGCCUUGGCCUCAGAAGAAAACUGGAAAAGCUCGACAUGGUAGUCGCCGUUCUCACAUAUGGCUUUAUGGAGGACAGUGCAAAGGUCCACGUGGUCCAGAGUCUUUCUUUUCUGUACUACCGUUUGCUCAACGUGUUGCGGGUUUACUCUCUAUGUUAUCAAUAAAACACGCUCAAAACGAUUUACACAUUGUCGAUGAUUUCACUCUGUCGGAAACACUGGAAGAAGAUGCUAAGAAUAUUAUAACUGAAGCACAAGCUGCAUUACUUACUCCAGAUGCUUUACAAGAUCCACUCUCUCCACUGAAUAAGACACGUCAUUAUCGUUUGACGAAAACAAUGAAUGAAGCAGCAAUUUAUGUCCGUCAAUUGGCAGAUCUUCGACAUUGGGGUCCAUCUAUUUUGUUCAUUGAUGCGCAUUCUCCGGCUUGUCAACUCUCAGUCCCAUGCCCUGGAAGUGAAGUCAUGGCUAAUGAUGAAAAGAUGGUGAAAUCAAAUAUUAAUAGUCUGGCAAUUAGUUUGGCUUGUAGUUCGUAUGAAAAUCACGUAAAAAACGAACUUUCUCCAGAAUCAUCACCAUUCAGACCUGAUGCUAUUGCUCCUCGUGCUACACAUCCAGGAAGAGGUUUAACUUUAAUGCCAGUUCACAGUUUGAAUGUUUGGUCCAUGGUACAUCAUGAUACACUAGUUAUAUCAUUGAAGGCCUUGGAACUAUUGGAACAACGACUAAUUACUGCACAAACUGCUGUGGUUCGUGACGAAUGUAUCAAUGAAAUAAAUUUGCAUCCUUUAGCCCCUGAUUGGUUCAGUGCUGCAGUGGAAGGUGAAGCUGAAGACCACCAGGGAAUGUCAUAUGAGAACCGACAUUUUACAGACCCUGUAGGUUCAUCGAAAUGGCGGAAACUCACUCUCUAACCUCAUGUGCAAUGUAUAGUGUAAUUUACAUUAUUUUAAAAAGUAAUAAAUAAUAACUCGAUAAUUGCCCAUCUAUAUGUGGGUUAUUGAAUAUGUGAUGUUAGCAAAUGCAUACAUAGCGCUUCUUUUUGUAAUCUAUGUUAUAAGUAUUGGUAAAUCGAUGUUUCACACUUCUUUGCUUCACUGUUAUGUAUCAUGUUCUUAAUGUAUAUCUGUGGAAUAUAUUCAUGGAUUGGAGGCAUUCAAAUAAUCCUAG